AAGCCAAAAGAACCGUUAAAACAGUUAAAUAUAAAAUGAAAACGAAGGAAAAGUAUACUCUAAUUUUAGCUUUUGGUUUUCACUUUAUCUUUUCUUCUCUUUUUGAGAGAAGGAGAGAGGUAAAAAGACAAAAAAAAAAAAAAAAGAGAACUUUAAAGCCAAUUUUGAAUGUUAAAUCCUCGAAUUUUUUACCUUCGAUAAACAUUUUUUUUUCUAAUUAAACUUGUUUUUUAUUUUUUACUUCCUGUUGCGGUGAUUUUCUUUUAUCAGAUCUCUGGACUCGUCAGCAUUUCAAAAUGAUGGAGGAAUCUCCAAGUGCGGAUCCUCCUGCAGGUGAUGUAGAACUCGUACCAGAGAAGAUCAAAGAUGGAAAAGAGGGAGGUCCUGCAUUUUGCUGUGACCUUUGUGAUGUAGAACUAGUUUACAAUAUAGCUCAAGCAUUCCUCCCGGGGUUAGCUACAGCUUGUGUCGACAAUACAACAGGUGAUGUUUUCAGGUCCCCUGGUUCGGUAGCUGCCGAUAUUAGAAAAGAAAUGGUGGAGUAUCUACUGCAAAGAAGUGAAACUUUUGUGGCUGAAUCUAUUGUCUUGGAUGGUGGUCCAGAGGCAGAAGCAUCUGACCAUCCUUAUGAUAUCAUUGCUUAUCUUGUUGAUGACUUUGCAAGUUCAAAGAGGAAUUUGUUUAGUAGAGUUUCAGGAUGGCUACUAAGUGAGACUAGAGAAGACAAGAUAGAUGAUUUUGCACAAGAAAUGGAAAUUAAUGGGUUUUGGUCUAUAGACAAGAGAGAAGCAAUUGUACAAACUUUGCUGAAGAAUGUUGACUUCAAGAAUGAAUUCCACUGUGACAUGAAAUUUGACUCAGCAGAUGAACUUGCUCUGCAUGUGCCAACUUGCAGCUAUAGAUCAAUGAACUGCGAAAAUGAGGGCUGUGAUGCUAGAUUUUCAGCUAAUCAAACAGAGAAGCAUGAUUCUAUUUGCCCUUUCAAGAUAAUUCCAUGUGAGCAAAAGUGCUCAGACAACAUCAUGAGACGUGAGAUGGACAGACACUGCAUAACUGUCUGUCCGAUGAAGCUUGUGAACUGCCCUUUCUAUUCAGUUGGUUGCAAAUCAGCCAUACCUCAAUGCAAGAUUGAAGAACAUCGUUCCACAAACCUCCAUUCUCACAUGCUAUAUAUUCUUCAGGGCAUUCACAAGGAAGCAUCCAUGGAGGUACUAAGAGAACGGGUGGAGCAACUAGAAAAGGCAUCUUCUCGUAAGCUAGCAGACAUCCGAGAUGUGAGAUCUCUAACAUCCAGAGUCAAGGAUCUUGAUGCACGGCUUGGGCCAUUGGAAGUUGGUGCAUCAAACAAAAUUGAUGAAGAAGCCACAAAGACUGGAGCAAAGCUUGAAUCUCUGGAAGUUAGUGACACAAACAAAGAUACUGAAAUGGCUGCAGAAACUGAAGUCAUCAAUUCUGAAGCAAAGCCUCCAUUAGAAGUCACUCCAACAGACAAAGAUAGUGAAGAAGCUGUAAAAACCGAAGUCAAGAUAAUGAAGCAAAGCCACGAUCUUUAGGAUAUCUUACAACAAACAAUGAUAGUAAAGAAGCUCCAGAAACAACAGUCAAUCCUUCUGAAGCAAUGUCUCCAUUAGAAGUUACUCCAACUAACAAAGUUAAUGAUGCAGCAACGGAGAAUUUAGUCAAGGAAGUUGAAGGAAAGCUUUGGCCUUCAGAAGUUAGCACAACGAACAAAACUAGUGAAGAUGGUAAGGGUACUUCAAACCAUGUUCCUAAAGUCUCACUUGUUGGCUAAUAGUUUCUUUAACCAACCAUAUACAUGAAAUGAAGAAAUCUUCCUGAAUCUGGAUUUGCCCUUGUAUUCUUUCCUUUUGUUGAAUUCUUGGAUUAUGUUCCCUCAACCUUUCUGUUAGCUGGCAUUCAUUUUUUUAACAUUCUUUUCAUUACAAAUUUGAGAGAUUAAACGGUAAACUUGGUUCUUCUCUUCCAUAAGAGAAGAACCAGCUUGGAUAUCCAUUUAUGCAAAGUAUCUGUGCAA